GUUCAUCAAACGCAUUUACCAUAUCGGGUUAUCUGUUAUACUUUACUCUCUAUGGAAAUACAAGAUGUGGUUUGGUAUUCCCGAUGAGUGUAAAAAUGUGGAGUAAAAAAUGAGCGAAUGAGUUGAAACUGACCUCUCUCACCAUAAAAUGUUAUCUGAAAUUAAAGAACCUGGACCAGGUUUCGAUUAUUUCCUAAAUACUCUGUGCAACAACUGGGACGUGGUUCAGUACCACGAGUUUUGGAAAAAAAGCAACUUUGGUUUAGAUAAAGCGAGCGUAACAAGAAGAUUUAACACACAGUUGCAGAAGAUAAAAGAAAAAGGCACAGAAGAAGAGAAGAAUAAUGCAAUACGUCUCGAAAAACAAUUUCAGGUCGAUUCCAAAAAGAUGGGACGCAUCGAUAAUUUUUGGUUGAAGUCCUUACCUAGAGUGAAACAACAUAAUGCGGCGGAGAAUAAUGAGAUAAACGCUGAAAAUGUAUUUUUAUCUUGUGAUUUAUCUCGUGGUAGUUUACAAAUCGGUGGAGCUGGGAAUAUUAUUCAAGGACAUAAACGUUCCUAUGAGAAUGGUAAACAACCCAUUGACGAAAUGAUAGCAAUCAGAAGGGGAAAAAAACAAAAGCCCGCCAAAACUACUAUCGAAGAUGGCGAAAGUCAAACUCCAGUACGACAAAGAAAUGUAGAAGAUGAAACACAUAGUUCUCCUGAGGAAAGGGGAGAUGACGGUUCUCUCUUUUCGCCAAAUGGCCACAACGAUUCUGAUGUAGGGAUGACACAUGGGAACGACAAUAAUCCCUUUAUAGCACAAACAGGGGAAGGUUCAACGAAAUAUAAGGUCAUUUUAUCGUGGAGUCAUGCGAUUGAUAAUGUUGUCAUAAAUAAUGUCUCCAAGAAUGAUUGGAUAACACAGGAUGGGUACAACAUCUCUACUGAUUUUCGUAAAUUACAAGUGGAAUCAAUCGAAAAGUUGAAAACCAAUCCAAUUUUAUCAUAUGCGAAAGAAAUCGAUAUGAUAUUGUGCCUGUCGUCGAUUAUAUAUUGCAAUGAACUUAAACCAGAAUAUGUCAAGUGUUCCGAAAAGAUAUGGAAAGAGGCUCGUCUGAGAUUAUUGGUCCCGAAAGAGUUGCCAACCGUCGCUGACCUAGUAAUAAUUGAAUACAACAGGCUUUUGAGCGACAAAGAACAACUUGAUACAAAGUGGCGUAAUAAUUGGGUAAAAGGGAAUACAUUAUUAACAAGCGAAGACAAAGACAUUUUUGAUUGUGUGCAGAUAGUUGCAAGGAAUUUGUACGUUCUUAGUUUAAUAAACCUAUUUCACCAAUUUAUCAUUGAUACUCAUUUUUUCCCUGCAGCAUUACCUAUUUAUCCUCGGGCAAAUGGUGAAUCCAAAAGUUCUAAAGAGAGACGUUUAUUAGAUGGUCACAACCAUGGUAGGAAGCCGGACUUUCGGAUUCUCGUAAAUAUUGAAGAAGCAGACAGGGAACUCAUAUUUGGCGAGAUAAAGCCACCUCAUUGCACUAUCGCUGUAAAUCAACGCAUUAUAAAGUUAGCAGAAUUUAUGAAAGGGUCUUUAGACUAUCUUAUUAACGUUUACGGUUACGUGGCUGGUCUGGAAACAUAUGGCAUAUUAAUUUGUGGAACGGGUAAAAUCCACGAUUAA